AUGCAAAGAGCUUUAUUCAACACAUUGACAAGAUCAUUUGUCGCUCGUAAUGCUGUAUCUGCAUCAAGAAUUGUAACUCCAGCAGUUUCAGUUACCUACCCACAAAGAAUUGCCGUUCGUUUCAACUCAUCUUCAAACAAUGCUGCCAAAGAAGAGCCAAAGAAAGAAGAACAACAAGAAGAAUUAAAAGAAGAGGUGAAGACUGAAGGAGAAACAGCCGCCGAAGAAGUUGAUCCAGUAGCCGAAUUGCAAGAAAAGUUAGAAACCAAAGACAAAGAAUUGGCUUCUAUGAAAAACCAUUAUGCUAGAGCAAUUGCUGAUUUCCGUCAUUUACAAGAAACUACCAAAGUUGAAGUUCAAAAGGCUAAAGAUUUUGCUUUACAAAAAUUUGCCAAAGACUUGUUAGAUUCACUUGAUAAUUUCAACUUAGCACUUGGUCAUGUUAAAGAAGAAACUUUGAAAACUAAUGCUGAAGUUAAAAAUUUGUAUGAAGGUGUCGAUAUGACCAAGAAUGUUUUUGAAAAGACCUUAAACAAGUAUGGUAUCAACAAGAUUGAUCCUAUUGAUGAACCAUUCGAUCCAAACUUACAUGAAGCUACUUUCCAAAUGGUUCACCCAGACAAACAACCAGGCACUAUUUUCCAUGUCCAACAAGUUGGUUACACCUUGAACGAAAGAGUUUUAAGACCAGCUAAAGUCGGUGUUGUUAAGGAAUCAGAUGAAGAAUAG